GGCAUAGCACACCGCUGCCCUCCUCCGCUUCAGAAACUUUUUUCCCCUUUGUUCUUGUUAUUCAGCGCUUCCCCCAUCCAGAAGAAAACCCUACCAAACUCCUCCGGCGCUCUUCCUCGCUCCCUCUCGGUACUAAAGAUGUCGGCGGUGUCUCUGUCUUCCCCCUGCAUGGUCAGAGUUGCACCACCGAGGAUCAAUAGUGCCAUCAUCAAGAACCCAUCUUCGCUUGGAUCUGUGAAUAGCGUCUCAAAGUCGUUCCGCUUGAAGUCGUCCCCUGGUUUUAGAGCAUCUAUGGCUGUGUACAAGAUUAAGCUCAUCGGACCAGACGGCCAAGAGAAUGAGUUUGAUGCGCCUGAUGACACGUACAUUCUCGACUCCGCUGAAAACGCAGGGGUUGAGCUGCCCUACUCAUGCAGGGCUGGAGCUUGCUCUACUUGUGCAGGGAAGAUGGUGAGCGGUAUGGUGGAUCAGAGCGAUGGCUCGUUCCUCGACGAGAACCAAAUGAAAGAGGGUUAUCUACUAACCUGUGUAUCGUACCCGACUUCUGAUUGUGUGAUUCACACCCACAAGGAAGGUGAACUGUACUGAAUGUUCUCGCUUUCGGAUUGAAGUAGGGCUUGCUUAUGUCGUUUGUAGCUUUUGGCAGCGAAGGAUGAUCAUUAAUGGCUCUGAGGAACUCUUCAUUGUCGUGCGUAGCUUCCUGGUAUAUGUUCUUAUGAUGUUCUUCUGUUGGAGAUAGUGUCGCAUACUUAAUAACCUGCCCUGAAGAUGAUGGGAGACUUUGCAC